GUGAAAUUCUAGAGCGAGAAAAACAAAGUUACAAGCAAACAGUAGUAAAAAAUAAAAAAUUUAGAGAGAGAAACCGCCUGCUCUGCUCUGCUUUGAUUUGAUUUGCUUUCAAUUUUUAUUUAUUCCUCUGCCAUUUCACUCACCAUAGCCAACAAAAGAAGCUUAAUUUCGGAGAAAUUACUGAAAUGCCGGUGCUUGCUCACAAAGAUUUUAGGGUUUUGUUUUAGUUCAUUGAUUGUGAUUUAGUGUAAAUUGAACUGGGUUGAUCUUAAAUUUGAAUUUUGGGAGUGUUUUUUUAAGGGUUUUGAAAAAAAAUGGGGGACACUGAACAAGCUAAUAGUGAAAUGAUGCAGAGGCUUCAUUCAUCAUUUGGAACAACACAUUCUUCUAAAUAUCAGCAGCCUUUUUCAUCUUUGAAUCAGCUUGAAAUACCUCAAUUGAAUCAAACCCAAAUGAGAGCUAGGCAUUUUGCUCAAUUUGCACACAAUUUUAACACUAGUAAUACUAGUUUGGCUGAUACUAAUAACAAAAGAGUAGGGAUUCCACCUUCUCAUCCCAAUCAGAUCCCCCCCAUUUCGCCAUAUUCUCAGAUCCCGGUGUCUCGGCCGGGGAAUCAGCAAUUGGGUUCUCCGAAUUUCGCCUCGGGACCGAGCCAUUCGCGAUCUUUGUCGCAGCCAUCGUCGUUUUUUUCACUUGAUUCGCUGCCGCCUUUGAGCUCGGCCUCUUUUCGUGACUCGUCGUCAAAUUCUGAUCCUGUGUCGACUGAUGUGUCGAUGGAAGAGAGGGAUGGGAAUUCUCAUUCGUUGUUACCGCCUUCCCCAUUUAGUAGGGUUAAUGGUGUGAGAGUUGGCGAGAGCUUGCCUCCGAGAAAAGCGCAUAGGAGGUCUAAUAGUGAUAUUCCAUUUGGGUUUUCUAAUGUGAUGCAAUCUUCGCCACCGCUUGUUCCGCUGAGGUCUUCGGGUGUUUUAGAGCGGUCAGUGUCUGCAAAAGAAAAUGUAACUGUGGCUAAGCCGGCUCAGUUGGUGAAAAAGGAAUGGGAGAGAGGUAACGAUGGGAAUGCGGAGGGUAUGGGUGAAAGGAAAUCUGAAGGUGAAGUUGUGGAUGAUUUGUUUUCUGCGUAUAUGAAUUUGGAUAAUAUUGAUGCGUUGAACUCGUCUGGAACUGAUGAUAGGAAUGGUAAUGAGAAUCGCGAGGACUUAGAUAGCAGAGCUAGCGGGACGAAGACCAAUAAUAGCAGUGAUAAUGAGGCAGAAAGCAGUGUUAAUGAGAGUGGGAGUAGCUCGUUGAGGGCAGGAUCUUCGACAGAGAAGAGAGAGGGGAUCAAACGAAAUGCUGCAGGGGAUAUUGCUCCAACUGGCAGACACUACAGAAGUGUUUCAAUGGAUAGUUUUAUGGGCAAAUUGAACUUUGGUGACGAGUCUCCGAAACUGCCACCUUCGCCUGGUAACCGCCCAGGUCAACUAUCACCUACCAAUUCAAUUGAUGGGAAUGCCUUUAGUUUGGAGUUUGGAAAUGGCGAGUUUAGUGGUGCUGAGCUGAAAAAAAUUAUGGCUAAUGAGAAACUUGCUGAAAUUGCAUUAUCUGAUCCAAAGCGCGCAAAAAGGAUUUUAGCAAAUCGUCAAUCAGCUGCCCGUUCUAAAGAAAGGAAGAUGAGAUAUAUUUCAGAAUUGGAACACAAGGUUCAGACUCUGCAGACUGAAGCGACCACAUUGUCUGCUCAGCUGACUCUUCUUCAGAGAGAUUCUGUUGGGCUUACAAGCCAGAAUAAUGAACUGAAGUUCCGGCUACAAGCCAUGGAACAACAGGCACAACUCCGAGAUGCUUUGAAUGAAGCAUUGACCGGUGAGGUCCGGAGGUUGAAGGUCGCCACUGCAGAGCUUAGCGGGGAUUCUGACCCAACAAACGGUAUGGUUCAGCAGCUGUCCAUCAACCCUCAGAUGUUUCAGCGGCAGCAACCACAACCCUCUCGGGUCAACAUUCAUCAGUUGCAGCAGCAACAGCCACAGUCUCAACAAGAAGGGAAUACAGCCUCGAAUUCGGAAUCCAAUCAAUAGUUUGUGAAUGAUGAGAUUAUUGCUUAUCAAAAUAGGUCCUUUGAAUUUGUUUCCUCAGUAAAUUCAUUCAUUAGUUAUUCAACUCCAACAAAAGCCCCCAAGGCGUGGUUGUUAUGAGUUCAACCUGCAUUGCGUUUCCAACUCGGAACGAUAUUUAAAGUGAUAUACAAGCCUUUAUACAUAUUUAUGAUCAUAGUAUUUGUUAAUAUCUGGUAGAUAUAUAUAUAUAUGACUUAUAAUCUUAAGAUUGAUGGUUUGUUGUGAUUUUGAAUGGUUGAACAUAAGCUUUACUUUGUCUUUUAUUUUUUCUCAGUGAUUGGUUAAUCUUGUAUUCUCAUUGUUUA